AUGGAUUUCCCGACCGACGUGGCGGAGUUCGAUAAGGACCCGCGCAUCUCAUUCUCCAAGCUGGACAAUGGCUACUUGCUCGAGACAAGUGAUGGUCGCGAAUUCCUGUUCAAUACCAUUCUGAAGAGAUGGGUCGAAUCGAUCGACGAGGCGCUCAUCCGCAAGCAGCAAGGAUACGGAUCGGACGACGGCGAGACUGAGAUUGUUCAUCCGCGCGAUCGUAAGAAGCGAAAGAACUCGCAUGACGAGAUCAAGGAGCCCAAGCCCAAGAAGCCUCGUGUCAACACCGCUGUGUGGGUUACCGGGAUCCCCGUCGACGCUGAGCUAUCGGAAAUCCGAGAGUUAUUUGUGAAAUAUGGAAUCCUCGCGGAGGAGCUUGAUACCGGAAAGCCGCGAAUCAAGAUGUACAGUGAUGAGAACGGUAACUUCAAGGGCGAGGCUUUGGUCGUGUACUACCGGCCGGAGUCAGUCGACCUCGCGAUUCAGUGUCUCGACGAGACAGAGUUCCGAUUGGGUUCCAACAACCCAUCUGGACCGAUGCGUGUUCAGGUAGCUGACUUUUCCUACAAGCGUGAGAAGGAUGUGGAGCCGAAGGCUACCAUGACCGCGCAGGAGAAGAAGAAACUCAAGGAGCGAGCCGAGCGAUUGAAUAAAAAACUUUCCGACUGGGGCGACGACGAAGCUGAAGAGACCCUGAAGGCGAUGCAGGCUGCCCAGGAGGCAAGCCGCCAUGUGGUUAUGAAGCAUAUGUUUACCCUGGAGGAAGUGGAGAUCAAUCCGGAGGUGCCUAUGGAUAUCCAUGAUGAUGUCCGCCGCGAAUGCUCAAAGAUUGGCCAUGUGACCAAAGUGGUGGUUUGGGAGGGUGAGAGUCAAGGUGUUGUUACUGUCCGAUUUCUGUCAUCCGCCGAUGCACGUCGCUGUGUUCAGAUCAUGAACGGCCGCUUCUUUGGAGGAAGAGUUGUUAUUGCGUACAUCUGGGAUGGUGAGGAGAAAUUCAAGAAGUAUCAUGCCGGUCGAGACGCCGCGGGUAAGAUGGCGGACCCCCUUGAUCUGGAUUACGAAGAGAACGAGCGCCUUGAACGGUUCGGAGACUGGCUCGAAAGCGCCGACAACCAGCCCGAUAAGAUCGAGACUGGUAAUCUCAAGGAUGACGAAGUCAAGACCAGCGAGAAUAACGUCGGCAAUGAUAACACCAAGAAAGAUGAGACCGAUAACGAGGAUGACGAAGUCAAGACCAACAGCGACAAUGACGCUGGCAAGAACUAG